GGGAGAAGCAGGUUUCCGCUGAGCAGGGAGCCUGAUGCGGGGCUCGAUCCCAGGACCCUGGGAUCAUGAUCUGAGCUGAAGGCAGUCCUUAACCAACUGAGCCACCCAGGCGCCCCACCAUUGAAAGUUUUAAAUGGCGUUAGGAUGUGGCCAAAUUUGCAGUUUUGAAGGAGUAGUCUUAACUCUGCUUGAAGAGUGGAGAAAGAAUGAGAAGGAGUUUGAGAAGAGGCAAGGGGAUCUGUUAGGAGGCUUGUUGCAGUGAUCUGUGGGCAAGAUAAUCUGUGGGUAGUAAGUAGAGAGAGGUGGAUGGCGAUUUUCAGGAGGAAGAUGACAGCACAGAGCACAUGGAAUUGCGGUGGCCAGGUGGGGGAUUGAGAAAAGUCAGGAGUGAACCCCAGAUUUCUAGCUUGAGCAGCUAGCUGAAUGGUGGAACCCUUUACUAGGCUAAGGAGCUUAGAAAACAGACUAGUCCGGGAGGGUUGAAUUCUGGUUGUGGUUUGAAGGGUCUGCGGGAGAUAUUGGAGAUGUCCAGUUGGCAUGCCCGAGCUCCCAGAUGGAGGUCUGGAUUGGAGGCAGUGAAGGCAAGCUGUGCCCUGUGUCUUCUUCUUGUGCAGUGUUGGCCUCAACAUGUGCAUAAGGCAGCUUUUCCAGUCCUCACAUCUCCAGUGGGCUUGGAGGGUAGCCUUCCUGAAAUACAUCCAGGGCAGGCACCAGCGAGCCAGGCGAUGGGCACAUUCUGGAGGCGGCACCUACAGAGCGGUGAUUUUUGACAUGGGUGGAGUUCUCAUUCCUUCUCCAAGGAGAGUGGCCGCAGAAUGGGAGCUACAAAAUCAUAUCCCUCCUGGAACUAUACGGAAGGCCUGGAUCUUAGGUGGCGAAAAUGGGCCCUGGAUGAAACUUAUGAGGGGAGAGAUAACAACAGAGGAUUUCUUGCAAGAAUUUGGGAGACUUUGCUCUGACAUUGCGAAGACCUCUGUACCUGUGGCCUCCUUUUUCUCUCUGCUGACCAGUGAGCAAGUGGCACAGCAGUUCCCAGUGAUGACUGAGGCCAUAACUCAAAUUCGGGCAAAAGGCUUUCGGACUGCAGUCUUGAGCAAUAAUUUUUAUCUCGCCAACGGGAAAAGCUUUUUGCCCCUGGACCGGAAACAGUUUGAUGUGGUUGUGGAAUCCUGCCUAGAAGGUCUCUGUAAGCCAGACCCCAGGAUCUACAAGCUGUGCUUAGAGCGGCUCGGCCUGCAGCCUUCUGAGUCCAUCUUUCUGGACGAUCUUGAACUGAAUAUAAAAGCAGCCACCAGCCUUGGCAUUCACACCAUUCAGGUUGAUGACCCAGAGACUGCCGUAAAGGAAUUAGAAACCCUUUUGGGCUUUACGUUGAGAAUGGUUAUUCCAAACACUGGCCCUGUGAGAAAGACAGUGGAGAUUCCACGAGAUUCCUUGGAGAAGUACCUCAAAGACUUACUGGGGACCCAAAGCACAGGCCCAUUGGAACUCCUUCAGUUUGAUCAUGGGCAGUCCAAUCCAACCUACUACAUCAGGCUCGGUAACCACCAGCUGGUUCUGAGGAGGAAACCCCCGGGGACACUUGUUCCAUCCACCCAUGCAGUGGAGAGGGAGUUCAGGAUAAUGAAAGCCCUUGGCAAUGCUGGAGUGCCUGUCCCCAGAGUUCUUGGCCUCUGUGAAGAUUCAGGGGUCAUUGGCACUCCUUUCUAUGUGAUGGAAUACUGCCCAGGCCUCAUCUACAGACACCCCUCUCUGCCAGGCUUGGAGCCCAGCCAGAGGCGGGCCAUAUACACUGCCAUGAACAGAGUCUUGUGCAAAAUUCACAGUGUGGACCUCAAGGCUGCAGGCCUAGAAGACUAUGGGAAACAUGGGGACUAUAUUCCACGGCAGGUACAAACCUGGAUUCAGCAGUAUCGAGCCUCAGAAACCAGCACCAUCCCCGCGAUGGAGAGGCUCAUCCAAUGGCUGCCCCACCAUCUUCCCAGGCGACAGAACACGACAGUGGUGCAUGGGGACUUCAGGUUGGACAACCUGCUGUUCCAUCCAGAGAAGGCUGAGGUGCUUGCUGUCCUUGACUGGGAGCUCUCUACCUUAGGCGACCCCCUUGCAGACGUGGCCUUCAGCUGCCUGGCUCACUACCUGCCAUCCAGUUUUCCUGGUUCCCUACUGCGAGGUUUGCGUGACUGUGAUUUCACUCAGCUGGGCAUCCCUACCGCAGAGGAGUAUUUCAUGAUGUACUGCCAUCACUCGGAGAUCCCUCCCCCUGAGAACUGGAACUUUUACAUGGCUUUCUCCUUUUUCCGCAUGGCUGCAACCCUGCAAGGAGUCUACAAGCGCUCACUCCCAGGGCAAGCAAGCUUGGCAGCCGCUGAACAAAAUACAAAGCUGACUGAAUAUAUGUCUAACCUGGCCUGGGAUUUUGCAGUCAAAGAAGGGUUCCGGGUUUUCAAAGAGAUGCCAGUCACAAAACCACUAGUGAGGUCCUACCACACUGGCUGGUCACAGCCCCUGCUGAGCACCCCCGGCACGAGCAGUUACAUCAUCUUCACAGACUCUUCCCCAGCUCAGGCCUCAAAGGGAGCUCUGGUUAUCUGUCCAGAGGGCCUUUCCCCACCGCUCAGGGGGCUUGAAGUCCCAUGGGGCCUUCAGGAAGCCCCGGCAGACAUCCAUCGCCCAGUGGCCGUGGAGAUGGAGCGGCUUUCUGCUGGUGCAGGAAGCUGCCUACCUCAUAGGCGUGGCAGCAAAUUGGAUGGGAGGCUGAGGGGCCCCAGGGAUGACAGGUUGUUCUUCGGAGCAGUCUGCCAUCGGGCGUGCCCUUCUAACCACGUCUCCUCCUCGUCCUUGCAGGCUGCAGCUUUAGAUAUUGCCAGGGUGAGAACGGUGGCCCCGUCCAUGGUCUCCCAGACGACCGAUGGCGUUAUUCAGACCUUCAGAGCAGCAGGGCUGAGCAGCAAUUACCUCAUGGCUCGGUUCUUUGCCUGGGCCCCUGCCUGCACUUUGCCGGGCAGCCGUGGCCAAGAUGGAGCUGGAGUACGGCGGGCGCUGGAAUGUCCCCGCUGGGCCUGCAGGGCCCCAAAUGGUAAGCCAUGUGCUCUGAAAGGGGUGGUAUGUGUGAUUCUUGCACCCUGCCCGGCAGCUCUAUCCUGGGAUGGUCACUGCGAACUCAACCUUCUUGGGGCUCCACAGAAGACGUUUCCGGGCCUCCCCAGCCACAACUGGCCAAAGCCUAAGGAUCCAGGGCCAGAGCGCUCCCAGGAAAAUGUAAUGAACCCAAAUCAUGAAGCCACUGGUGUCUGA